GAUUGGAUCAAUCGACGCUGGGAAUAGAUACGCCAUGUUGACAUUUUCCGAAGCGACCACAAAAUGUAUUUUAGAUAUAUAUUUUAUAAUUAGUGUCAGGUUUCUCUGAAACUUUAUUUUUAGACCUUGUAUAAUGUUGUUUUUAACGCUGUAAGAGAAAUGUUGUAACAUUAACAUCAGUGCGGAGUUGUGGUCGCUCACUGUUAGCACUGAUAGCCGUUAGCUUGUGUUCUUCUGUCACCGGCGGAGCCCCUCAUCAAGCUGUUUACCGGUUUCCACUCAGCUUAAUUCUCUCUUUUACAGACUGACAGUGUUCCACAGCAGACACAGUUUGAUGGCGUACUCUGGAGCGAUGGAAAGCGCCCCUAUGGACGAUCGUCCCGCGUCUCAGAGUUCAAGCAAUUGCCUUCGAAGUCGACCAUUCUCCAGCGAAAGAGACGCCCGAGUUCGGGUCGUGAAAGCAGAACUUCAGUCCAAACUGGGGCCCUACGAGCCCGUUCUGACCUACCUGCAGUCUCUCCUGGUGUGGGAGAGACCACUUCACAGCGCCCUGUUCUUUCUUGCUGUAAACACGGCGUUCUGGUUUUUUGCCUUUACAUCGAUGCGUCUGCUGUUCAUCCUGGCCUCUUCGCUUGCUGUCCUUGUGUCUUUUGACACCUGGAGGAAUAAAAUCUGGCCAAGGAUUAGAGUCAGAAAACUGGAUGAAUCUGAAAAUGAAAGCUGGGCCUUGGUGCAGCCCGGCAUCCUAAGUGUACCAGAGCUUUGCCAUCACCUGGCAGAGGCCUGGGUCAGCGGAUCAGUUCUCAUGUGCUUCAUGGUUCAAUUCAAACAACGAAACCCUGGCAAUUUCUGCGUUCUGACCUGCGGGUUGUUCACCUGUUUGGCCGUGGUUGGGUGCUACAUUUCUGGAUUGGUACUGUCCUACGCUGCAUUGUUGGUCAUCCUCCUGGCUCCUCUGGCAGCAUACCAUCGAGUCUUUCAGCAUGCGUGCAUGAAGUUGGAGCCAGUCCUGCAGCGGCUGGAUUUCAGCAUCCAUGGAUACAUGAUGUCAAAGCCCAUCGAUAAUCAGUUCCUGCGAAGGUCCGUACGUGGUGCAGCCUCAGGUGAAGCCAGCGACAGCGAGGAAGAGUUAGCCGCUUUCUGCCCAACAUUCGAUGAUGACGUUGUUGCUAAGGAGCUUGCUCUGACUGACUCUGAGCACUCGGAUGCAGAUGUGUCCUACACCGAGAACGGAACAUUUAAUCUUUCGCGUGGUCAGACCCCGCUCACUGAGGGUUCUGAGGAUUUCGACAGACACAGCGACGGGGAAGAAUCCUUCGCUCAAGAUCUUCCAGAUUUCCCAUCCAUAAACCCGGACGCCACUCUGAUGGAUGACGACGAUGACACCAGCAUUGGGCUACCUAGUCUAGGUCCAUCUGGACUCACCAGCCACAGGGCUUCAGUGCUGGAUGUGGAUUCUCAUCUGGACUCAGACCAGGAAGAUCUAGACAGCGAACCUUCUCUAAGCAGCCUGCCGUUGGCCUCAAGUCUGACUGGAGAUUUGGCGGGGGUCAUUGCGAGCAACAUGAUCCAGGCUGCACUGAGUGGCGCGAUGCAGCCUCGCCCUCACGUCACCCAGCGCAGACAAGGUCCCCCCAGGGCUGGGGCCCACCGCAGCUACCGCAAGCAGUCCAGCUCUGAGCUGGACACAGACUGGGACGGGGAGGACUUUGAAAUGCUUGAUCAGUCCGAACUGAACCAGAUGGAUCCCCUCGCAGGGGGAGGAGGGGCCGCUGCUGGAGGAGAAAGUCACGGAUCAAACUUCUUAUCAAGUCUAAUGGGUAAACCACAGUGAGGCGCGUGCUGCUGGGGGCCCGUCUGCACGUGUGCAGCUUGAUGGACAGUGCAGAAUGAUGGGAGCUGCGAACUUCUAAGGAAGGAGACUUUAGGUUCCAGCAGCCCGGCCUCUAAACGCCAUCAGUUUAUCACUGUGAAGUAUUUUUCUCCUCAAAACUUUAUCCUCGUGCUCUUCAUCUCUAAAAGACAAAAAACAAUCAGAUGUAAUGUAGGCUGAGCAAUAGAAAACACAACAAAAAAAACAUCUGAUAAACCAGCAUUUUUAAAAAUUGUUCCAUCCAAUAAUUAAAAACUUUCAAUUUAGAAACAUAUUACACAUUUUUUUUUAAUUCAACAGGGAUAUCGAACAUACACUAGGACGAAAUACAACAUUCCAUUAGCUUGAACUGAGCCAGUUUGGUACUAACGUUGAAAAUCAGCGUUUUAAUGUCACAAUGCAAUAGAUGGUAACCAUUUGAGAACAAAUUCUAUACCUUUUCAGAAACUAUUCAUGGUGUGCCUCUGUCCUUGACUUGUUGGCAUGACCUUUUGAUAAUGGAUUUCUUUAAUCAACUUCAUUUCAGUGAUUUUAAAUGCUGAUCAGAGCAGUAGAUUUAAUAAAAAAAACUGUUCAUUCAAGAUUGAAUUUAAACUUUUCUGAGUUUUAUUUUACUACUGACUGAUAAACAAACCCGCAGAAUCUUGUUGGAGCCAAUUGAUGGUACAUACGUGUGUUGCAAGUUUGACCGUAAUCCCUAAGAAAAGAGGCGCUUCUUUUUUAUUUUAGGAUUUUUUUCUUCUUCAUUAUUUUGCACUAAUUCUCAGCUUUGUGUGUAUUCUUUUUGGAGAAAAAAGAUCUAAAAAAAAAAUCCUUCAAUAUUUUUUCUGUCAUGUUUUUAGGCGGCCCGAGCUUUUUUUUUAAAAGAUGGAAUAGAAAUGUUCAGCUUCUGAUAUAAAAACUGUUUACAACUAGAAUAAAUAAAAUAUAGGUCUCCUUUUUUAUUUUGAAAUUUAAAGUGACUUUUGUUCUGGUGGUCUAUACAUGGUUGAACCAUGUCAGAAUGUCAGUGUAGAACUUGAAAGAGGGAAAAAUAUUGAAACAAUUUCAAGUAUUAUUAAGGCAAUCAAGAUUUUUCAAGUGGAAGACAUGUUGCUCUCUGUUGUUUUUAAAAUACUUGCUUAAAAUAUGGUGUAAUGUUUGCUGGAUCCAUCUUUGGUUGAAGGACAUAAGUUGUGCACUGGCUGAAAUUUGCAGACAUUUUAAGAAUAAUUAGUUUCGAUUGGUUUAUUUUGGUAUAAAUAUUUUUCCUCUCAAGCUGAUCUGUAAAGUCAUUUCCUUGGUGGUAAGUCAUACAUUUUAUGUGAACAGUAUUGUAUUUUCUUCUCAAAUGUAUCUGGUUUUGAUAUGUUUCGGAGUGAAAAUUGUAUUGAAUAAAAAUGUUUGCAGUUA